GUCGAGACGGCCUUCAAGGUGAUGCCAAUACAAGACAAAUACGCGCUGUUUCGCCUCGUACCUUGAUCGCUCGGAUACCAGCUUCGUAAUCUCUGACCCUCUACUUCUGCGAAUAUGCCCCUCCCAAGUGAUGCAAAAGUAGUUGAGACCAGCAAUGGCCUGGUCAAUACGCUCCAUGAGAUAUUUGGGCCUCACCCUGGAUUCCGACCGGCUCACGCAAAGGGUGUCUUGCUGAAAGGGACAUUCACUCCCACCGAGGAUGCCAAGUCUCUCUCAACUGCUCCUCACUUUAACAACCCGUCGACGCCGGCCAUUGCCCGGUUUUCCAACUCGACAGGCAUUCCGGAGAUACCAGAUACAGAUCCUAAUGGCAACCCGCGCGGCUUCGCAGUGCGAUUUAUGCUCGCAGAGAGUCCUCGUCGAGUCCACACCGAUAUCAUUGCUCACUCGGUAGACGGCUUCCCAGGAACGACAGGGGAAGAGGCCCUGGACUUCUUCAAUGCUCUCAAGAACGGCACCAUUAGUGACUACCUGGGAGCACACCCAAAAGCGCUCGCAUUCGUCCAGGCUCCCAAGCCAAUUCCAUCGAGCUUCGGCAAGGAGAAGUACUUCGCCGUCAACGCGUUCAAGUUCAUCGCCGCCGACGGCAAAGAGACAUUCGUUCGGUACCGCUUCGUUCCCGAGGCAGGUGAGGAUUACCUUGACGAGGCCACGCUCAAGGACAAAGCCCCGAACUUUCUCUUUCAGGGAGUCCCCGAGACGCUGAAGCAGGGUCCAAUCUUGUUCAAAUUGACAGCUCAAGUGGCAGAAGAGGGCGACGUGACAGAUGACAACACCGUGAAGUGGCCGGAGGAGCGCAAGAUUGUGGAAUUGGGAACUAUUAAGCUCGAGAGCGUGGCGAAUGACAACGCAGCGCAGCAGAAGACCAUCAUCUUUGACCCGAUCCCCAGGGUCGAGGGCAUUGAGGCAUCCGCAGAUCCGCUGCUGCAGGUACGCGCUGGUGUCUACCUUAUCAGCGGUAAGGAGAGAAGAGCGGAUUGAAAGGUAUAAUACGCGGUGCAGGCCUGUAUAUCCAGAGAAUGCGUGUUUUGGUUAUGCUGAAUGAUGCCGGUAUUCGUGCCUUUAUUGAGAUCCAUG